AAUUAGUGAUUUUCUCUGAAAUUUUUUUGGUUUAAUUUUUUUCCAAUUUUCAUCUGAAAAUGGUUGCGAAAUCAACAACACCAUAUAAGAUGUCCGAAAGCAGAAAGAUUCGGAAACCUUUAAUGGAGAAAAAACGCCGUGCACGAAUCAAUGACAGCUUAGAAGCGUUAAAACAAAUGUUACUCGAAUCAACAACAAAUAUUCCACAAACAACCACUAAAAAUUCGAACAAUCGUCCAGCGAAACUUGAAAAAGCCGAUAUUCUCGAAAUGACCGUACGAUAUUUACAAGAUUUACAUCAACGAUAUGGAACAACCAAAUCUUCUACACCGAUAAACAUACCACCAAAAAUAAGUGAAAAAUCAACAAAAUGUGUUCCAAUUUUACCAAAAUCAGAAGAAUUUUACUCGAGUGAUUCAAAUUCGUCUAUUUCAUCUACAACAGUUCAAAGUCAUUCACGAGAAACAAGUCCCGUUCCAUUCCAGCAUACGGGAAAUAAUCGAUUAACCCCGGUGAAAAAUGAUACGCAAUUUGUAUGUAUGCAAAAUUCACAAGAAUUUUCACAAAUUGUUUGUUCGCAAAGUUUUACUGUACCAAUAAUAUCUUCGACAGUUUCAUCAAAUAAUAAUAAUAAUAAUAAUAUAAGAUUACAGAGUAUUCAACCAAUUAAAAUCACUCAGUUUGGUAUACCUUUAGGAAAGCUACCCAAUGGGGAUUUAGCGUUUAUUAUACCUAAUAAUACACAAACAACACAAAAUUCAUUAAAAAAAGUUCCAUAG